AAAUAAUGUAAGGAAUGAUUCUUGGAAAAAGAAAAAAGAAGAACAAGUACUGCAAGAUUGUUGAGAAGAAACGAUGGAGUAGGCAACGGGAAAAAACGGCUACCUCAAAUGAAAGUGAAGGUGGGGCAAGAGUCCCUCACAUGAACUACCAUACCAAUAAAUAAUAGCAUAGGAUUAACCUUAAAACGAGGAAGAAACAAAAACCAUUGGAGAAACCUGUCUUUGUUCUAGUUUACUGUGACAAGUCCUUUUCAAUCAAUCUUGUUUCUCAGUUUGGGUUCAAGUGUAACUUCAUAGUAUUCUUGUGACCAGAUCUUUGUUACAUAUUAGACCCACCCAUUUGUGAAUUUUGUCAAUAAACUCUUUUGGCCACUACAUAUUGUUGGCCACUGUGUCUCUUAGAGCCAAAGUAGUGCAAGGAAUUCUACUUGCUAAGGAUAACUUUUGUGUCUGAAAGGUGAAAUGGGCGUGGUUAGGACAUUGAUGUCGGUUAUAGCUUCAUGAUAGUCAGGUUAGGACUCAUAGUAGCUGCUUCCAUCGCAGCCCUCACAGUCAAGCAGCUAAAUGUGAAUAGCCCUAGAUCAGAACAUGAUGAAGCAAGAUUUAGACAACAUCAAGAUGACCGUACAGAACAGGAGCAGGACACUUGUUCUACUAAUGGUUACACCGAGAAGAGGGAAGAGGAAGAGCAAGAGGAGGUUAAGUUAAUUAGCAGCAUAAUCAAUCGAACUGAUGAUUUUGAAGAUGAUAUUCUAACUGAAUUUGAAAGCCUUCUAUCCGGGGAGAAUGAUUUUUCAUCACGCCACGACAAGGUUGAUGAUGAGGCCAAGAAGGGAAGAGUUUAUGAAAUUGAAAUGGCUAACAAUGCCAGUGAAUUAGAACGGUUGCGGAAUCUAGUUAAGGAAUUGGAGGAGAGGGAAGUGAGACUAGAAGGUGAAUUGCUUGAGUACUAUGGUUUGAAGGAGCACGAAGCGGACUUUGUGGAGUUACAAAGGCAGUUGGAAAUUAAGACUGUAGAAAUAGAUAUGCUUCAUAUGACCAUUAAUUCCUUGCAGGAAGAGAGGAAGAAACUUCAAGAAGAGCUCACAGAUAGAGCUUCGGCCAAGAGAGAACUUGAGGUGGCCAGAAGCAAGAUCAAGGAACUGCGAAGGCAGAUACAGCUUGAAGCUAACCAGGCAAAAACACAGUUGUUGUUGCUUAAACAAAAAGUUUCUGGUCUACUGGCAAAAGAAGAGGCAGCUGUCAAGAAAGAUGCCGAAAUUAGAAAGAAAUUGAAAGCUCUAAAUGAUUUGGAGGUUGAAGUUGUGGAACUUAAGAGAAAAAACAAGGAACUUCAACAUGAGAAGCGAGAACUAACUGUUAAACUCGAUGCUGCUGAAUCUAGAAUUACAGAACUCUCUAAUGCGAUAGAGAAGGAAAUAGUUGCCAAGGCAAAAGAGGAGGUCAGUAGCCUGAGGCAUGUGAAUGAAGACUUGCUAAAGCAAGUGGAAGGACUCCAAAUGAAUAGGUUCAGUGAAGUUGAAGAACUUGUAUAUCUCCGUUGGGUCAAUGCAGGCUUAAGAUAUGAACUCAGGAAUUACCAGGCACCUCCAGGAAAAUUAUCAGCGUGUGAUCUAAACACAAGUCUCAGCCCAAAAUCACAAGAAAAAGCUAAGCAUUUAAUGCAAGAAUAUGCUGGAUCAGAGCAUGGACAAGGUGACACAGAUCUUUAUAGUAAUUUCUCCCAUCCCUCUUCCCCAGGCAGUGAAGAUUUUGACAAUGCUUCUUCCAUUGAUAGCUCUAUGAGUAAACAUAGUAGCAUUAGCAAGAAAAAUAGUUUAAUCCAAAAGUUGAAGAGAUGGGGCAAAAGCAAAGAUGAUUCAAGUGCUCUUUCAUCACCAGCCAGAUAUCUUUCAGGUGGCUCUCCUAGCAGGAUGAGUAUGAGUAAUAGACCUAGAGAUUCCCUGGAAUCCUUGAUGCAAAGGGAUGCUGGUCAUACUGUAGCCAUCAAUACCUUUGAACAGAAGGAUCAGGAACCUACUGAUUCUCCUGAAACUCUAGAUCUUUCUAACAUAAGAAGAGUUUCAUCAAGUGACUCCUUAAAUUCUGUUGCAGCUUCAUUCCAAUUGAUGUCUAAGACAGUUGUUGGGUCUCUGGAUGAAAAAUAUCCUGCAUAUAAAGACCGCCAUAAAUUGGCCUUAGUAAGGGAAAAACAGAUUAAGGAAAAGGCUGAGAAAGCAAGAGCACAGAAGUUUGGUGACAAUUCAAAUUCGAAUAUGAACAAGGCUGAACUAUCUAUACCACUAAAACUCUCUCAAUUAAAGAAGGCAUAUGCUUCUGGUAGUCCAAAUGAUCAUCCUGACAAUUCAAAGGAUGUUGAUAAUCAAACCAUUGGCAAAAUGAAGCUUGUCCACAUUGAGAAAAGACCACCUAGGGUGCCUCAGCCACCUCCUAAACCAUCUGAUGGUGCUCCUGUUAGUACAAAUUCAAAUCCUUCAAAUGGAGCUUCAUUCACUCCAUUUGUGCCUCCUCCACCACCCCCACCAACACCACCCCCACCAACACCACCAGGUGGACCACUACCUCUGGGAAGCCUAUCAAGAGGAGUAUUAGCUGGUGACAAAGUUCACCGUGCUCCUGAGCUAGUUGAAUUUUAUCAAACAUUGAUGAAACGGGAGGCAAAGAAGGAUACUUCAUUAAUUUCUUCUACAAUGCGUGCAUCUGAUGCUAGGAGUGACAUGAUUGGGGAAAUUGAGAAUAGAUCAUCAUUCCUCUUAGCUGUAAAAGCCGAUGUGGAAACACAAGGUGAAUUUGUCAUAUCCUUGGCAACUGAAGUUCGAGUGGCCUCCUUCUCUAAGAUUGAAGAUUUAGUGGCUUUUGUGAACUGGCUAGAUGAGGAACUUUCCUUCCUGGUCGAUGAACGAGCUGUUCUCAAGCACUUUGAUUGGCCUGAAGGGAAAACAGAUGCAUUGAGGGAGGCAGCUUUUGAAUAUCUGGAUCUGAUGAAAUUGGAGAAGCAAGUCUCCACCUUCACUGAUGAUCCCAAUCUCCCAUGUGAAGCUGCUUUGGAGAAAAUGUACUUGUUGCUUGAAAAAGUGGAGCAAAGCAUACAUGCACUCUUACGGACAAGAGAUAUGGCUAUUUCACGGUACAAGGAGUUUGGAAUACCAGUAAAUUGGCUAUUAGAUACAGGAGUUGUGGGCAAGAUCAAGCUUUCUUCUGUGCAACUGGCAAACAAGUAUAUGAAACGUGUUGCAUCUGAACUUGAUAUAUUAUCCGGCCCCAAGAAGGAACCAACUAGAGAGUUUUUUAUUCUUCAAGGAGUGCGUUUUGCUUUCCGUGUUCAUCAGUUUGCAGGAGGCUUUGAUACAGAGACCAUGAAGGCUUUUGAAGAACUAAGGAGCCGCAUCCAUGAUCCAGCAGGUUAAGAUAAUAACCAGAAACGUAGAUGAUCAACAAAAUAUAUAUAUUUUUUCCCUUAUUUUUUCACUCUAGUAGUAGCUUCUCUAAUAUAUGUUACCUUGUCAGCUGUAUAUGUCGUUCUGCUGGCUCAAUUUUCAUUGAAUAUACUGAAUGCUAUACAAUGAUAAAUGAAUCAUACUGUAGUUGUAGAUUUGUAAUGUGAAAAUGAAAAUAAUGAUCACUGUAUUCGUAUGGUUAUAGCAAUAUAUGAACGAUACUCAUUUGCAUUUGGUCUGGA